AUGCACAGGGACCUUUACAGCAUUAUAGACAUUGCCUAUAACCCAGAUGUUCUCCAGAGGGGAGAAGAAAACCCAGAAGAAAUGGAACACUUGAUCCAUUUGACUCUCAAGUUUGUGGAGGAACGAUGCAACCUGCCCCUUGCUCAGCUGUACAGCAGGGAGCCCUUCAGGCUGAAGGGCAGCCUGGAGGCCAUGCAGGAGAUCCAGGAGAUACAAGAGAUCCAGGCUGGGGGAGCAGAGCAGCCCAGAGCUCCUGCCCACCAGGUGGUCACUGUGAAGGAUGCAAACCAGAAACCCCUCCGAGUUGAACUCAGAAUCCAACUGCCCCAGCUCAGCUCUGUUGCUGAGUGUGAUCUCAGAGUUUCAAAGGAUGAUUUGAUCAUUGAAGUUCCUGAAAAAUAUAGACUGCACUUAGAUCUGCCAGAGCUGGUGGAUGAGGAAAGAACUACAGCAACAUUUCACAAGGGAAAAGGGGAAUUGUUGGUCUCAGCACCAGUGCCAGGGGCAGAUCCUUAA